AUGGACAAAUCACUUCCCAGCCUCGCAGUUUCGCGGACAAUCGACGUUGAAAAUAAACCCAAUGACAGAGAGCUAUUCAAGAAGCCUGAGGAACUGAUUGAUUUCGAUGGACCAAACGAUCCAGAACAUCCCCAGAACUUGAGCUUACUUGCUCGAGUUUGGGCAACGUUUAUGUUGGCCUUGUUUAAUCUAGUCGUUGCGAUCGCAAGCAGCAUUUUUGGGUCCGCUCAGGCAGAAGUAGCUAAGGAGUUUCAUGUCAGUGAAGAGGUGACAGUCCUUGGGACCUCUCUGUACCUAGUGGGAUACAUCCUUGGUCCACUGAUCUUUGGUCCGGUUUCCGAGAAAUUCGGACGAAAGUAUCCUAUGAUAGUCGGCGUUACUGUCUCCGGCCUUUUCACACUCAUGCCUGCACUUGGGAGAAACCUUACGACCAUUUUCCUUGGCCGGUUCUUGGCCGCGCUUUUCGGUGUGGCUCCAAAAGCGGUCCUCGGGGGAGUCAUUACGGACUGCUGGGAUACGGUUUAUCGUGGUGUCGCAACAGCUUGCUGUAUCUGCCUUGUCUUCUCAGGUCCAACUUUCGGUCCUCUUUUUGGAGGCUUUAUCGUUGCAGGUUUGAGUGGAUGGCGGUGGGCUAUGUGGGUUUGUGUCAUUGCAACUCUCUCGAUAUCAUUCCUGGCCGUUUUCACGUACCCUGAAACAUACCCACCCAAUAUUUUGCAGAAGAAAACACAACGACUUCGCAAGGAGUCUGGAAAUGAGACCUUAUCAUGCGCGCUUGAUAUUGAAGAGACAAGCUUCCGCUACCUCGCACGAAUCUAUCUAAUUCGCCCAUGGGCACUUUUCUUCUCGGAGCUCAUUCUUGUCCUGAUUACUUUAUACCAAGCUUUUAUCUACGGACUCAUGUUCCUCUUCUACCAGUCCUUCCCGAUUGCAUUCGGUGAGGUACGUGGUUGGAAAAUGGGCAUUUCAAGCUUAUCCUUUCUUGCCAUCCUUGUUGGGAUUUUUUUUGGUACCGGUGUGGUUGUUCUCUACACUGAGCCCCAUGUUAAGCGCCAUGUUGCCAAGUAUGGUAAGUUUGAGCCGGAGCUUCGCCUUCCAGUAAUGAUAUUUGGAGGCUGCCUUGUUCCUGUCGGACUGCUCUGGUACGGGUGGACAUCAAGGUCCACGAUUCCGUGGCCCAGCGAGGUUUGUUCAGGGGUCUUAAUUGGCUGUGGCAUGUACAUUAUUUUCAUUCAGUCAUUUGCGUAUAUUGUGGACUGUUACCCAGACAGAGCCAAUAGCGCAAUGGCUGCGAACGGUGCUGUAAGAAGCAUAUUUGGGGCAUCCUUUCCACUUUUUGCCAGGUACAUGUUUGAGAAUCUUGGCGUGAACUGGGUCAGUACUCUAUUGGGUAUCAUUUGUCUCGCUAUGAGUCCCGUUCAACGCUACGGAGCUCAAAUUCGGAUUCGACCAAAGGUUGAAGGAUCUGGUGAUUGA